GAAUGAAUGUAGUCUCACUGUCAAAUUCUUUAUUGGUUCCUGCUUCACUUGAUCACCCGACCCAAGUUCGCACACUGAUCAGCUGCAAGCGGAAGUGAAAGUGCAAGCAAGAAACAGACUUGGAUCCCUGCGGGCUAAAGCACAGUCAGCACACCGGUGCAGAUCACUGGGUUUAUACAACGACAAACAUGGGAAGCAAGCUUUCAAAGGACGGCUGUUUUCACUUCCCAACUAUGGACAAGCGGAAUCUGGACACUCUGAGGAACUGCUUGUGUAGCUACAACACUCCUGUGUGCUGUGGAGACUGUAUAAACAUCCUGCUCUUCGGCAUGGUGGGGGCUGGGAAAUCAUCCAGUAUCAACACCUUUCUCUCGGCUCUGGAUCCACAAGGAACGACCAUAACCUGUGUCCCGACGGGGAUGAAUCCCCGGUCUCUCACAUCAGAGCUCAGGUCCUACAAAGCAGGUAGUUUAAAGUUUUGGGAUUCAUCUGGAUGGAAUGCUUUGGAGAACCCUGAUCAAACAAACCAAGUGUUACAGAUGAUCCUGGAAGGGAGAGUUCCCAAUGGAACAAACUUACAUAGUUUCAUUCCUGACCUGGAUGUUGCCAACUAUCCCGUUAUUCCAGAAAAUGAAAUUCACGGAGUCAUAUUCAUAUUUAACAUCGACACCACAGACUUGAUCAGUGACGAUAAAAUGAAAGCGUUUCAGGAGUUACAGACGAUCGUGGCACAGAAAUAUAUUCACAGGGUUGUGAUUGGGACCAAGUUUGAAUUAUUAGGGAUACCAGAGAAACACAAUGAAUGGAUUUAUGAAUACAAGCCACUGCAGCGGAAGUUUGAGCAGUUGGCAGAACGUACUGGGAUGGACAGGCGUUCCAUGUUUGUUGUUUCGAAUCAGUGGAGAGGUGGUCAGAUCGAGAUGAAAAAAUGCAUCCUGGCCCUGUAUGUUCUGGAUAAUAUGGUCAGAAACAUUGACCGAUUUCUCAAAACAGUGGAAUGAUCACAGCUGACCUUGUCCAGUGCUGUGAAUCCGAUCCAGUUUCAGGAGCACAGACACUGCUGUGGGAUUGAUGUUUUUAUUGCUUUCCCUGUAGUUUUAGCAUUCUUUAUGCUUGUAUAUAUAUUUGUACAAUCACUUGCUUGUCUAUAGACUUUUAGUAACUUGUUGUAACAUGUUCCAUUCUUCUGUAAUUUCUUUUCCUGCAAAGUUGAAGGGUAAAUCAGUUGGUAUCUGCUGAAAGGCUGUCGCAAAUAAACUGGCCCGGAGCACUUGGCAGAAUAAAAGCAUAAAAUGUGCUCAUGUUCCUUUGUUACUGUCGGUCACAGUUAGAGCUGGUGAAAGUUAGAGUGGUCACAGUUAGAGCCGGUCACAGUUAGAACCAGUCACAAUUAGAGAUGGUUACAGUUAGAACCAGUCACAGUUAGAGCCAGUCACAGUUAGAGCCGGUCACAGUUAGAACCAGUCACAGUUGGAACCAGUCACAGUUAGAGCCGAUCACAGUUAGAACCAGUCACAGUUAGAGCCGGUCACAGUUAGAGCUGGUCACAGUUAGAGCCAGUCACAGUUAGAGCCGGUCACAGUUAGAGCCGGUCACAGUUAGAGCCAGUCACAGUUAGAGCCAGUCACAGUUCGAGCCGGUCACAGUUAGAGCCGGUAACAGUUGGAGCCAGUCACAGUUAGAGUGGUCAUAGUUAGAGCCGGUCACAGUUAACGAUUGUGUCAGCAGCUUCUUCAGCGACUGAAAGGCCCCUUCAUAUUUUGUAUCCCAUCUCACUCCAAAAGGCUCCGAAGGACCAAGAUAAUCUUCACCUUUCUCUCCUUUUUUUCUCCUUCUUUUCUUCCCCAUCAGCUAAUUUACAGGGUGACUCAGUUUAGGGUAGUCCUUCACGGACCUCCAGUAAUACCCACAGAAACCAAGGAACGAGAGCAAAGCACUCACAAUCUGAGACUUUGGCCAAGUUGGCACCACCUCUAUCUUAGAUUGUAGCUACUCCAUCUCCUGAGACUAUGUGCCCAACAUAGCUGACAGACGUCUUGCAGAACUGGCAGUUGUCCAGGGAAAGUUUUAACCCUUCAGCUUUCAGGCGGCCCAGCACCUUCAGUAGCCUCACUUCAUGUUUUUGCAAGGUGGACCUGAACACUAUGAGGUCAUCCAGAUACACCAAUACCUCAAGCAAUUUCACUUCCCCCACCGCUUUCUCGAUGACACACUGGAAAUUCGUAGGGGCUCCCGAUUAGCCAUGGGGCAUCCUUACGAACUGGAAGAAUGCCAGUGGACAUAGAAAUGCUGUCUUCUCUUUGUCAACCUCAUUCAUAGGGAUUUGGUAAUACCCACCCCUCAAGUCCAGCACACUGAAACACUUUGCACCUUUCAGACAGGGCAGCGCAUCUCUGAUCCACAAAUGCUGCCAACCAUCUUCCACCUCUGCAGGGGCCAAUCGCCCAACCUUUCUCUGAACGGGAUGUCCUCAGUCACCCAGAUAGUGUGGUGAGUGCUCUUGGAACAACCCACAUCAAACUUGUCAGUAGAAAAGACACCUUCCUGCUUCAAUAUUUUCUCUAUCAACCUCCUCUUCCAACCUUCCCACACCAGGGAAUCCCCAAAGUUGAAUAACUCAGCAGUCAACUUUCCCUUUUUCUGUGAGAGUUUCUUCCUGGCUUGUCUCACAGGGACACUAGACAUAGGCAGGGUGACUUGGAUAGGUUGGGUGAGUGGGCAAACUCAUGGCAGAUGCAAUUUAAUGUGGAUAAAUGUGAAGUUAUCCACUUUGGUGGCAAAAAUAGGAAAACAGAUUAUUAUCUGAAUGGUGGCCGAUUAGGAAAAGGGGAGGUGCAACGAGACCUGGGUGUCAUUAUACACCAGUCAUUGAAAGUGGGCAUGCAGGUACAGCAGGCGGUGAAAAAGGCGAACGGUAUGCUGGCAUUUAUAGCGAGAGGAUUCGAGUACAGGAGCAGGGAGGUACUACUGCAGUUGUACAAGGCCUUGGUGAGACCACACCUGGAGUAUUGUGUGCAGUUUUGGUCCCCUAAUCUGAGGAAAGACAUCUUUGCCAUAGAGGGAGUACAAAGAAGGUUCACCAGAUUGAUUCCUGGGAUGGCAGGUCUUUCAUAUGAAGAAAGACUGGAUGAACUGGGCUUGUACUCGUUGGAAUUUAGAAGAUUGAGGGGGGAUCUGAUUGAAACGUAUAAGAUCCUAAAGGGAUUGGACAGGCUAGAUGCGGGAAGAUUGUUCCCGAUGUUGGGGAGGUCUAGAACGAGGGGUCACAGUUUGAGGAUAGAGGGGAAGCCUUUUAGGACCGAGGUUAGGAAAAACUUCUUCACACAGAGAGUGGUGAAUCUGUGGAAUUCUCUGCCACAGCAAACUGUUGAGGCCAGUUCAUUAGCUGUGUUUAAAAGGAAGUUAGAUAUGGCCCUUGUGGCUACAGGGGUCAGGGGGUAUGGAGGGAAGGCUGGGUUCUGAGUUGGAUGAUCAGCCAUGAUCAUAAUAAAUGGCGGUGCAGGCUCGAAGGGCCGAAUGGCCUACUCCUGCACCUAUUUUCUAUAACCGUCACUGGGAAGACAUGUACCACGGGUAUCCCCCGCUUGAAGGUGUCCUCCCUCUUCGUAGUGUUCCACUCAAGAAUAAUUUGUACUAAAUAUGAGGGCUGACACCUGGGUGGCAACAUACCAUUUGCAAGUCUCUUUCGUGUCUGCAGAACCUUCUGUCUGUUUCCUUAACUGAUUAAUUGCCCCAUUGCUAUCGCUCUCCUCUUUAAAAAGGUGCCUUACAAGGUUACCAAUGGCAGAGACUCCAGAGAGCAACUACUGAAGAAGACCCCGAGUCAGUGAUUCAGGAAAAGAUCUUGAUGCAACAAUUCCUGGCUGGGUUCAUAAAGAGUCUCAAUACAGAUCGUGAAUUACGAGACCAAACUAAGGAGUUACGUAAUGAAAAUACUUGUGAAACUAAAGGGUUAAUCAGAAUUGGGUUUAUUAUUAAUGACAUAUAUUGUGAAAUUUGUUGUUUUGUGGCAGCAGUACAGUGCAAGACACAACAUUACUGUAAAUCGCACUCAAUAAAUACAUCGUGCAAAAAAGGAAUAGUAGGCAGUGUUCAUGUGUUCAUGGACAAUUCAGAGUUCCGAUGAGGAGAAGCUGUUACUGAAUAGCUGAGUGUGGGUCUUCAAGUUCCUGUACCUUCUCCCUGAUGGCAGUACCGAGCAGCGAGAGUAUCCUGUGUGGUGAGGGUCCUUAAUGACGGAUGCUUGAGACAUGGCCUUUUCAGAACGUCCUCGAAGCUGGAGAACGUUGUGUCCAUGAUGGAGCUUUGUGAAUGAGUCUGUUUCGAAACAAGAUAGAGAAUAUCUGAGUUGUUUAAACAAAACUCGAUUAAUAAAGUACAGUUGUCAAGCAAAACAAUUGUUUUAUG